GUCUCUUUCUCGGUGGACACAAUGGCGGACGCAGAGUAAGUGAUUUCUGCUCUGCAAGAAUCUAUGUCCAUCUACUAAUUUCACAUAUAUCCAACGUUAUUUGACAUUUAGUUCGUUAUCGUCAACUAUAGAACAUAUUUGUCGUGUCGGUAGUGUGGAGUGGCGUUUUUUACUUUACGAUAUUUUUGUUGAUUUUGUUGACUCGGGACUGGAUGCGGUCAGAAACAUGCCCGUCUUGCGAAUCGAUCUGCACAUGUUUUUACUUCUAUGCGAUGUGUGGCUCGUAGUAUUACUUGCAUAUUGCCAAUGAGGUACAUAGUAUAUUUUCUGAGUAUUUCGCUGUUUGAGCUCCACAAUAUCACAAAGUAGACUUUGCGUCAGUUUCGCCCGGCGAAGACAAAGGCCAGUUUCGCAACAAUGUUUGAAAGAAGGUUCCGGCGGUCCCUGAGAGCCUUUUGAAAAGGCGGAAGGCCUUCGCCACCAUGAAGACCAUGCGCAUCAAGAAGAUGCUUGCCGAAAAAAAAACUCGUAAGGUGACCAGGAAACUGAUCUACAAGAGGGCUGAGAAGUACCACAAGGAGUACAGGGAGAUGUACCGUCGUGAGAUCCGCAUGGGGCGGACAGCCCGCAAGGUCGGGAACUUCUACGUCCCAGCUGAGCCCAAGUUGGCCUUCGUCAUCAGGAUCAGGGGUAUCAACGGUGUCAGCCCCAAGGUGCGCAAGGUCCUCCAACUCAUGCGUCUGCGUCAGAUCUUCAACGGAGUCUUCGUCAAACUGAACAAGGCUUCCAUCAACAUGUUGAGGAUCGCCGAGCCCUACAUCGCUUGGGGGUACCCCAACCUGAAGUCUGUUCGCGAGCUGAUCUACAAGCGUGGCCAUGGCAGGAUGACCAAGCAGCGCAUCGCCCUCACGGACAACGCCCUGGUCGAGAAGGCCCUGGGUAAAUACAGCAUCAUCUGCGUGGAGGACCUGAUCCAUGAGAUCUACACAGUCGGGAAGAACUUCAAGCCUGCCAACAACUUCCUGUGGCCCUUCAAAUUGUCCACACCCCGCGGCGGCAUGAACAAGAAGACGACUCACUUUGUGGAGGGAGGAGAUGCUGGAAACAGGGAAGACCAGAUCAACAGACUCGUCAGGAGGAUGAACUAGAGGUUUUUUUCCCAAAGGAUGCUGUUGUCUGUACAAUAAACAUCAAAAGGAACUUAUUGGUGUUGUCUCAUAACUCUGGUGUCUAUAAUCUGUUUUGUGUCGUAUGUUUAACCUCCCCAGGUGUUUUCCUACAUAAAAAAAAACGCUGGACUCUACAGCAGUGCUCUCCAAGCUUGUUGCUGGAGAGCUACGGUCCUGUGUGGUUUUUACUCCAUCCCCAUUUGUACCUAACCUGAACCUGUAGGGCGCUAGGAACAAGCUUUGGAGAGCUUUGCUUCUGGUCCACACUAUUUUGUCACAUCAGUAAUGACUUGAGUCACAUCUUUGAGGCAUUUUUUAACAAUAAAGAAAUGUUGUAACUU